UCGUUUAAGAUAUUGAGAUGUACAAUCCAAUAGAAUUCUUUCAACUAAUGACGUUUCAAUGAGUAACGAAUUGAACUAUUGGGGGCGUUCGCUGACCAUUACUGCAUACUACUUGACGACUCUCGUGUGUGUUCAGCAUUGUAAGAAGAAAACAUUGUUUUGGAUUUGUGUGCAGUAAAACUCGUCACUAUACAGUAAUGACGUCCCGCCUGGAAAAAGAACGUUCCAAGCAAAUACAAGAGAAAUGUCAAAAUCUUUUGAUACAGAUGCUACGUGACGAAGAUAACAAGUAUUGUGUCGACUGCGAUGCAAAAGGACCAAGAUGGGCUAGUUGGAAUCUAGGUAUAUUCUUAUGUAUUCGUUGUGCUGGAAUACAUAGAAAUCUUGGAGUUCAUAUAAGCAAAGUUAAAUCUGUUAACUUAGAUACUUGGACACCAGAACAAGUAGUGAGUUUACAACAAAUGGGUAAUUCCCGUGCAAGGGCAGUAUAUGAAGCAAACCUUCCAGAUAGUUUUCGAAGACCUCAAACAGUUUGCAGUCUUGAAAGUUUUAUUCGUGCAAAGUAUGAACAUAAAAAAUAUAUAGCUAGAGAGUGGGUACCACCUCCUUUACCAAAGGUUAAUUGGGAUAAAGAACUUGAUGAAGAAGCAGAAAGACAACGUAGAAGGAAAAAGGAAAAUUCUAAAACAUCUAAUAAUCAAGCUAUACUUCCACCUGUAAAAAAGUCAGAAGUAGUGCCUCAGUUGCCAAAACCUAAAAGCUCUGUUAGUCCUAAACUUAAUAGAGCAAAUAAUUCUGCAACUUUAGACUUACUAGGCUUAGAUGCCCCGGCAACAAAUCAAACAAAUAUAAAUGGUGCUGGAGAUGAUAUAUUUUCUUCCUUUUUAUCUGCACCUCCAGCUUCAGUAGCUUCAACAACUAAUAAUACUUCUAGUACAACCACAAGUGUAUCAACAACAAUAAGUAAAACUGAAGAAGAAAGUUUCUUUGAUCAACCAGCACCAUCACUUCAAGAAAAAAAUAAAAUGUCCAAAGAUAGUAUUUUAGCCUUAUAUGGUACAUCAAGUAAUCAACAAUCAACAAUGUUUGGAGUUCCUGGUGGAAUGUAUGCUCAACAAUCUACUGUUCAAUAUAAACAAGUACCAACUGUAGUACCAUUUGGUCAACAAACUAGUUUUCCAAAUCAACAAAGUUCCUUAACUCAACUUAAUCAACUUUCCAACCAAAUAUCUGUUACAUCCAAUCAAUUACCUAUCAAUCAAAAUCAAAUUACAAUGAAUUCUACUCCAUUAGGACCAGUGGCAUCAAAUUCUUUAGGAAACUGUUUACAUGUAGGCCAGAUAAAUCAAAUGAAUGGUGUACCCAAUCCUGCCAUUACAAUGCAAUCUCAAAUGGUAAUGCAAUUAGGGCAAUCUAAUAUUAAUAGUAAUAAUGGUUGGAGUGGAAUGUUAACACAAAAUCUUCAACCAGCUCCUGGUAGUAAUCCUUUUUUUAAUUUAACAUCACAACAGCAGCAACAAUCUAUUGCAUUUGGUUCUCAGUUACCACAACAAAUGGCACAACUUUCUUUAGGUGCCACAAGUUUUUCAAGUACGCCAGGAAAAUCCACUACUACUCCACUUCCCGGACAAACGCUUUCCACCAAUUUGUGGCAGUAAAAGUUUUAUGAAUAUUAUUAGUUGAUUGAUUAUUUCAUUCAGUGUUGUACACUAGUGUCAAAUGUUCGUUAUCCAAUAUGAUUAUAUUUCCAUAUUAGUUUGGAAAUUGCUCUGGGAUAUAACACAACAAAGACACAAAUAAGAAGUACUCAAAUACUGUCAUUUUCGAAAAAUAAUUCGUGAAUGCAUACAGUAUUUUGAGUCUAAGAGAUUUCUCUUUUAAAGCUUUGCUAGCUUUCAACAUUAUUGUUGGAAAAAUGGGAACUACAAAUAAAAAUGAAUUUUUGACUGAUUGUAAAGAGUUAUUCAUAACGUACAGUAUAUACAUUAUGUAUUUGA